AUGACAGAUAUUCAUAAAAGCGUACAAAAUUAUUAUGGUCAAGAAUUACAACAAUCAAGUGAUCUAAAAACAGAUGCUUGCUGUUCGAAAGCUGAAAUUCCUUUAUUUAUAAAAGAUAUUCUUAAAAAGAUUCAUCCAGAUGUCAUAGCAAAAUAUUACGGGUGUGGUUUGGUAUUUCCACCAAAACUUGAAGGUUGUCGAGUUUUAGAUCUUGGUUGUGGAGCAGGUCGUGAUGUUUAUAUUUUAUCGAAUCUUGUUGGAUCUCAAGGAUAUGUUGUUGGUAUAGAUAUGACUAAAGAACAACUUGAUAUUGCUAAUCGCUUUAUUGAUUAUCAUACAAAAGAAUUUGGCUUUAAAAUGCUAAAUGUUGAAUUUCAUUUGGGUAAAAUCGAACAACUUACUGAUAAUCCUAAUUUGAAAGUCAAUUCAUUUAAUGUUGUUGUAUCGAACUGUGUUGUAAAUUUAAGUCCAGAUAAAAGAAAAGUUUUACAACAAGUAUAUGAAAUGUUAAAACCUGGUGGUGAAUUCUAUUUCAGUGAUGUAUAUGCUGAUCGAUCAGUGCCAGAAGAAUUACGACAAAAUCAAAUUCUCUGGGGUGAAUGUUUAAGUGGUGCUAUACGUGAAAGUGAUUUAAUUUCUGAUGCACUUGAUAUUGGUUUUACAAGACCAAUAUUAGUUACACAACAACCAAUUUGUAUUAAUAAUCAACAAUUACAAGAUUUACUCGGCGAUAUUAAAUUUACAUCAUGUACUUAUCGUUUAUUCAAAAAUAAAUCAAUCGAAGAUCCAAUUAUAUUCGAUAAUAAGAAUGGUAGUUUAGUAACUUAUCAAACACCUAUUAUUCAUUAUGAAAAUGAAUUUCAAUUUGAUCAAUCGAUAAUAUUCAAAGAUCAACCUCAAUAUGUUAAUGAUGAAUUAACUAAAAUGUUACGUAUAUCAAGAUACAAUGAUAAUUUCAAAUUUGAAUCAGUUACUCAUGAAAACGAAAUACCAAAGUCAACAAAACAAGUAUCAAAUUGUUGUUGUCGUCAAGGAACUUGCUAA